AUGGGCAGCGGCCGCGGCGGCGCCAACAAAGAAGUUGUCCGCAACUUUGGAGGAGGCUCGUCUCUCCAAGGUGAGCAAACACCAACCCCCAUGGAGGAUGACAAUUGGGAUCGUGCAGUUGCGCUUGAAAGCGACAACAAAGAUCUCAGCCGAAAAAAUGUUGCACUCAAGAACGAAAAUGCUAAUUUGGAAAAGGAGCUACGGGAGACCAAGCACCAGCUCCAGCAGAGCGACGACCAGCUCAGCCAGCUGAGGGCAAAGCUCGAGGUCCUUGAGGUCCAACACAAGAGGACGGUUGAGGACCUGUCUGACGAGAAAGCCGCUCAUGUGGACGCCAACACCACCAUCGACCGCCUCUUCGCUGAGAACGAGCGAGCACAAGCCGCUCGCCAGAGCGCCAUCAAGGAGCGAGAUGACGCGCUUUCACAAAGCCUUACCCUCCACCAGCAGCUCGGAGACAUCACAGCACAGUGGCAGGACCUGGACGAGAAGAACAACCAGCUGAUGGAAGAACUGGAAACUACGCAAGAAAUCGCAGAUUCGGCUGCCGAGCUCGAGCACGACCUGAAGAAGCUGCGCGAGGAACACAUUGACCAGGAUCGCGAGAUUCUUGUCAAGAAUGAGCGCAUCGAGAACCUCGAGCAGCAGAUCCAGAAGGCGAACAAGCGUCUCUUGGAGAUGGCGGAUGAAAAAGCUCGCGCUGCUGCUGCCUCUCCCACCGACGACAACCGCCAUAUCGGCUCCCUUGGCGACUCUCUCGAAGACGAGCUGUCCGGUCUAGACAGCGAGUCGUACUACGAGCCUGAGUUCAACGAGUACUCCGCUAUCACCGAGAUCAGCACCCAGCCCAUUGAGCCCGCUCGCGCUCCGCCCUCGUCCAUCCACACACAAGAAGCCUCCAGCGUUGCGCCUGUCGCUGCACCUGCACCCACACUGACUGUCUACGUCGGGGAUGCCGCCAACACUCAGCCCAUCCAGCCCACUCGCGCCCCAGCUUCCACCGUCCACGUACAGGAGGUUGCCAACUAUGCGCCCGUCGAGCCCGCACGCGCUCCAGCCUCCGCGAUUACAGAGUACGAGUCGAUCAGCGUUGCGCCUGUUGCUGCACGCAUUCCCACACAGAGCGUACACUACAACGAUGCUGCGAGUACCACACCCAUCGAACCUACUCGCGCUCCCUCUACCAUCUUCGAGCAAGAGGUUGCCAGCUUUGCACCCGUCGAGCCUGACCGCGUUCCCUCUGCAGUCACCGAAUACGAGGUUGCUAGCUUCGCGCCUGUCGAACCCACGCGUGCACUCUCCACCGUCACCGAGCACGAGAUUGCCAACUUUGCGCCCAUUGAACCCACGCGCAUACUCUCUACCAUCACCGAACAAGAGGUUUUCAGCUUUGCGCCUAUUGAGUCUCCUCGCGUUCUCUCUACCAUUGCUGAGUACGCGGGUGCCAGUACUGAGCCUGUAGAGCCUGCCCGCGCUCACUCCACCUUUACCCAACAAGAGGUCGUUAGCGUUGCGCCGGUGCAACCCAGCCUUCCGACGCUCUCAUUGAGUAUCGCGGAAGCUGCUAACACAAGUCCGAGGGUUCGCCAGAUCACGACAACAGACUUGUCUACCCAGACCGUUGAGCCUCAACAAACGCCUGUUAGUACGCGAGGCACCCAGACUAGGUCCAUCACACCUUCGGUGCCCAACAACUACAUCGAUUCCGUCAUGAUCACUCAUGAGAUCGAGCCUGUCGCACAGUCGGUUAUAACGUCCUCGCCUACAGCUAGCACUAGCGUUCAGACCGAGCAGACGGACACACAGUCGGUUGUAACGUCCUCGCCUACCACUAGCAUUGGCGUUCAGACCACCGGGGAGUCGGACACCGAGGAGACGGUCAUUAUCGAGAAUCCAGUCGUCACUUCUCCCACCACGGUCAAAUUGGGUAAGAAGCGCAGCUCCCUCGUCUGGUUCUUCGGAGUGCUUGACGUUAUCCUCAGCAUCUACUGCUUUUACAUCUUUUCCGAAUUGGCCUACUGGAAGAACGCAAACGGUUAUGGCUUCGGCGACGGCUACGGCAAUGUGGCUAGCCGCAGCGGCGCUUUCGGAAACGGCCGUCAUCUCUUUGGCAUCCCCCUGGGCAUGACCGUCGGCAACUCGUGGAUCUCGGAAUCUGUCGCCAGACACAUGUCAGCUGCCAUCUCUCGCAUCGAAGACUGGGCUGGUAUCGCGUAUGAACCUCACUACUGA